CUUUUUGAGCUUCGCUCAUCACCGGACAACAUCUUUUAACUAGAUCCGCCGUCAGGCGGAUAUUCUCAGCAGGCAAAUAGGCAUUGGUGCCCUGUCCUUUGUAUGGAUCACGUGCCGGGAUGACCAAACGCCGCCCAGCCAAGAUCGGUCCUGGGAGCGCACACCUAGGAGAGUCUUCACCGUCGCAAAUCACGAGUCACCGUUUGUCUUUACAUGAGAUCGUAAUAAGCCCAUCUCUCAAGAGAGAACUCACAAGUCCUUACGAAAACGGUGGUACCGGCUAUUUUCCUAUAGUCGAUUCGCCAUUUGACGGAGACACAAAAGUCGCAACUAUCCUCAAGGAGGGCGAAAAGAAAGAACAUGACGCGGAAGCUGAACCAGAUCCACGAAAGAGACAGCAUCACCUUUCUGAGGCUCUUAGAAUCUACAAUGCGGGGUGCAACGCAAAGGAGCUGUACGAGCGGAUCAGUGACGUCUAUGGUGCCCGAAUCUGGCUAUUCGAUCGUUCCGAUUGGGCCAAUGUGUUCUUUUCCGCCGCCCGAGUUUGUACGAGGUUUUCCAAGAAUCCCCCGGUAGACCGCAAUGGCCAAACGAUAUCCCCGCCUCAAUUCAAAUGCAAUGGAUCGGUGCUAUCUGCCCCUGACUGGGACCACCAGGCGCUUCAUUACCUCGAACAAGGCAGGUGCCGCUCCUUGCUCCACUCCAUCAGCUAUGGGUCUGCCGUGACCUACAAAGAGCGCUGGGUUCUCAACAAGGCCGUAAAGAACGACAUGAGUGUCGUCGUCGAUGCAGCGAUGAGGUCGAUGAGAACCGCUACAUCGCACACGCCUUCACCGCCAAUCGCCACCAACGUCGCCUUACCAGAAAUUGUUACAGAAAUUGAACACCUACGCGAAUCUCCGGCCUCAAUCUUGCAACAUCCAACAACGCAUAGUCCAUCCAGCGGAGUAUUAGGCGAUGCCUUGUCAGGAUCCGGUCACAGGUCAAAGAUUAGAGAACGCCUGUCCCUGCAAGUAUCAGAAUCAAUGCACUCCUCGACUAGCUCCGUAACAGAAUCGCCUUCUUCAGCUAUCUCCACGUCUGAGAUUGACGAGGUUCUUCUUGCGAGAUGGAAGAUCCAGAUGCGGUGGCGCAAAGCCUUUCUCUUCGCGCGAACAGGGAAUCCUAAUCUCGGGGACGUGCUGCUAGGUGACAUUGGAAAAUUGAGAGAAAGUAUCCCGCAAGACACGAUUGUCGUGGAAUACGCAUUGGCUUCAACCCCACCAUGUGGUAUCAUGACAAUUGUAGCCGCGUCUGACGGUAUCCGGGUGGCGGAAUGGAAGCAAACCGACGCCAUUGCUAUUCAGAAGAGUAUCGAAGACCUCCGCAAGUCAAUGGAAUUUGCGCAAGCGAGACCAGGGUCCACUAGAGCGUACCCCUUCUCCAUCAGCACAAUGUCUCGAUCCGCGGACCGACCGUCCGUCCCUCAACGCAAUGCGUCUGCACUGUGCCAGGAGAGACUGAGUAACCUGCUUUAUGACUCGGUAGCCGGACCCGUUAAACCACAUCUCAAAGGAAUGAAGAAGCUGAUCAUUGUACCCUCGGGAGACCUGGCCAACGUACCCUGGUCCAUCUUCUUCAAUUUACCCAUUACUGUAGUGCCCAGCCUCAAUAUUUGGAAUCGUCUGCAAACUCAGGCAGCUUCCGCAGGAAAACGCCACCCGAAGAUAUCCGUCGUCAGUAAUGCACCGAUAGAUCACGAAAAGAAACGGAAGAACUUACCGGCGAUUCGAGACAUCCCGUACUCCAGGAUGGAAGCGCUGGCUAUUGCUCGAGCACACCACAAAGGCAUGUCGCCUUUCAUCGCAGAUGGAAAGGACCGCGAGGAUUUCAAAGAAGAAACGAAGGGAACUCAGAUCUUGCACUUAUGCGCUCAUAGUACAUUCGACCCGAAGUUCCCGUCGAAUUCAUCUAUUCAACUCUUUCAUGAGCCACUUACCAUGUCUGACUGGCGUGAGCUUUCGAUCAGUGCCAAUCUGGUGGUAUUCAGUUCAUGUCUUUCAGGCAUAUCCAAAGCUUACGAUUCAGGCAGUGCCAUAGGCUUCGCCCAUACGCUCCUAGCUACCGGCACUGGCGCAUUCAUAGGCAGUCUCUGGCCUGUCAAUGAUGCCGCUACAUUCCUGCUCAUGAUCAUGUUUUACGAAGAGCUGCGAAAGUCAUCGCCUCCCGCGGACGCCCUCUUCGCGGCGCAAAUGCGGAUGCGCUACCUUACGGAAGGCGACUUGCUGGACAUCAUCGACGAGGUGCAGCAGCAUUUCCUUCAUGGAGAUGCUGACGAGUUUGUGCUCGAGCCGAUGGAUCUUAUUGAGGAGCUGAAGGAGCAGAAGGUCAUGGAACUGAGGGAGGAAAGGUAUUGGGCUGCUUUUGUGCUGACGGGGUAUGGCUCUAGAGAACUGUAUCAUCACAGCGUGGGGGUACAUGAAGGGAAUUGAUCGAAUCUCAAGUCGUAAUAAAAGAGAAUAAAAGGUCAAAUCGGAG